AUGCGCCGUAGCAGAAAUAAAAUUAAAUCUAAUGAAUCUCCAGAAAACCAAGCUGAUGAUGCUUUAGAAACACUUGCUCCAACGUCAGUAUACUCAUCAUCCUCUCGCAGUCAACCAGAUAUGUCAAAGUUUUGUCCUAAGACAUUACAUUCAUUGCUAUCAUGUGCAAAAGAACUAUCGCAAGCCAAUAAUCCUCUACAAUCUCAAUCUAAAAAUCAACAACCUGCUAUUAGUCACACUUUACAGUCUUUUAGUGAACAUGACUACGACUACACUUUUAGGAAUGAAUCAGAAAGUAGUUUAGCAUAUGAAAAACAACUACGACAGUCACUUUACGAAUAUACUAUUUCUUCUAUUCCUUCAAAGCAUUUAUAUGAAAAUACAGAUAACGUUAUAAGGUUGGCCAACGAAGAUCGUCUCACACUCCAGAAGGCAAUGCAAUACGCAAUGAAUAGCCUCGAGCUUGCCCGUGAAACUAAAAAUGCAAUGUCUCGCGUUGAAGAAUCAAUACAAAACCUUGAAGAUGUGGCCGAUGCAAUGUUUGAGCUGCUUGAAAUUGAUAAGAAUGCAAGUGAUCUAGUAAUGAAAAGUAUGUGCUAUGAUAAGCUCAAAAACAAUUAUUAUAAGAAAAUGAGUCAAGUUGAAAAUUCUCAAGGAGGAUAG